CGAAUAAAAAAAAUUGAAAAUCUGAUAGAUCUUAUCCGACCCAUACCGGUAUUCAGUUUGGCCCAUGAGUACCUCCUUCAGGCUCCAACCACAGGCAUGUAAAAUAGUAUAAAGCUAGAUCUGGACGCGCUCAAAGCCAAAAACUAUACUGUAUCUGUAAAUCUGCAAUAGCACUUGUGAAGGAGUUGAUCAUUCCUUGUAGGCGAUGUCAACAAAAAUAGAGCUCAAACUCUCCCGACCCAACCGCAUCUAUCUCCCCUAUGAGCCUCUUGAAGGCAAAAUCGUGGUGAAGUCUGCUUCCUCUAUUUCUCACUCUGGAAUUCGCAUGGCCUUUAACGGAUCAGUCAAUCUCCAGGUUCGAGGAGGGUCUGCAGGAGUCAUCGAGUCCUUUUAUGGUGUUGUCAAGCCGAUUCCCAUCCUGAGUAAGAUCCUUGAGAUUAAACCAUCUGGAAAGAUUGUUUCAGGUACAACAGAGAUACCGUUCUCUAUAACUUUGAGGAAUCCUAAAGAAGACAAUUUGGAAAGAUUUUAUGAAACCUUCCAUGGAACAAAUAUUAGCAUCCAGUAUUUGGCAACUAUAGAUAUACUGAGAGGAUACCUGCAUAAAUCGUUAUCUGCCACAUUGGAAUUCAUAGUAGAGAGUGACAAAGCUGACCUUCAUGAUCAACCAAUUUCUCCUGAGAUGGUUAUCUUUUACAUUACACAGGACACUCAAAGACAUCCUAUACUUCCUGAACUGAAAUCAGGUGGCUUUCGCAUCACAGGAAGAAUAUCCACACAAUGUUCGAUGCUUGAACCUCUCAGUGGAGAAUUAACAGUGGAAGCAUCUACACUUCCCAUUUGUUCCGUUGACAUUCACUUACUUCGUGUAGAGUCAAUUCUUCUUGGUGAAAAAAUCAUCACUGAAACCUCUUUGAUACAGACUACACAGAUAGCAGAUGGAGAUGUCUGUCGUAAUAUGACUCUGCCAAUAUAUGUUGUACUCCCUCGUCUUUUUACUUGUCCAACUGUCUUAGCUGGUCCAUUCUCCAUUGAAUUCAAAGUUGCUGUAGUCAUCAGCUUUCAGUCUGAGUUGUCCAGAUUACAUCCAAAAUCUGAUCCAAUAACUCCAAGACUAUGGACAGCAAUGGAAACUCUCCCACUUGAACUUGUUCGAACAAGGAUUUGAUCAUCCUAUGCUCGUAGGAUACCAAUUUCUUAUAGAAUGAAUCAGAUAGCUAGGUGAAGGUUCUAGAGAAGGUGCUGAUAUUGAUACAAGCUUCUUCCUACCUCUUGACUCUCUUGACUAGGAAAGCUGAAAGAAGUCAAUGAUUCAUUUUUAAUCAUUUGGCUUGUUCACUUCAUUCAUGUAAGUUGUAGGAUUCCAUCUAGAUGUGAGGCUAGGAGUAUAGUUGCUAGUGGUGUGACGAAAGUGUAACAUAUAAUCCUCCAUCGUUCUCAUUCCCAGGUUUUCUGGCAGCUAAAGACGGUUAAAAACCUAUCAAAUUCGGUUCAAAGGCCUGAAAGAUACUCUAAAUAGUAAAUAUUGUGAUUAUAAUAAGAUGACAUUGGAAUUACAUUAACGAUCAGACAUGGUGUAAACAAUUAAUAACAACUUUUAUAACAUCUUGAUUAAGCUGGUUUGCCCUGUAGAUAUAUCGAAUGUUGCAUGUUUUACAUUAUAAACCAAUUUAUAUUUUGAUAUCCACAACAGAUUUUAAGUAUAAAUUAGACUCAGUAUAUGGAAUUAGUGUCACAAAAUAGAUGUCUGAAUAAUAUUUUAAUUUAUAAAAAUAUUGACGAUGGAGACGCCUUGCAUCUCCAUCUCAUUAUUAACUUCUUGCAUUAAUUGCAUCUCUGAACACAAGUCCAAGACCCUAUUUCUCAACGAUGAGCCAAAGAUCCUAUAUACUUUUAACACCUUUCCAUGUUCCAGACACCACAGCAGCCUCUUCUAACCCUCCAUCGCAGCUCAUAAUCUCCUCCACUCCAAAGAUCUUUCUUACAUUCUUGUAGUAAGUGGCUCAGAAUAAUCUCCCUCAUCUGCCUGAAGAUAACCUUAUUAUCAAUAUGGAUGAGUAAGGAUUUCUAUAAUGGAC